AUGCCUAAACAUGAAAAGCCAGCCACCAUUGAAGGAAAUGAUGGCAGUGAUGUUGACAAUGAAGAUGGCAGUGCAGCUGAGAAUGAAGAAAGUGUCAAAGAAACAGACAAAGGGGGCAAGAGAGCAACACCGAGAACCAGAAGGGGACAUGCCAGAGGGAGAGCCAGGUGUAGUGGUGAGGAGGAUGAGGAUGACGAAGACGGGACAAGGAGAGCUGGGCAUCGCAGGCACAGAAACCGUAGAGGACGGGGACGAGCAGCUGGAAAUGAGGGCAGUGAUUCUGAUGGGGACCCUGCAAAAGCCAGGAAGAACCAGGCAAAUCAGAAAUCCAAGGAAGAUGAUGAAGACGAGGAAGAUGAGAAAGGGGGUAAAAGUGGGAAAGGCAAAAAUGAGAAGAAACAGGACCAAAAGCCUGAUAAGAAAGGGAAAAAAGAGAAGGCCAACAAGAAGAAAAAAGACAAAAAGAAAUCAGGAUCUGGCUCUGAUUCUGACUCUGAGGAGGAGCCAAUUACAGAGGAGGAACUGGCCAAGCUGAAAGAAGAGGUAGAAGAAAAAAAGAAACUAAUUGCCACGCUGCGAAACAAGCCAUGGAAGAUGAAAAAGAAGUUGUCUGUCCUGAAGGAAGCCCAGCUUUUUGUUGAAAAGUUUGAAGGUGCUCUUGGAAAAGGAAAAGGAAAAAAAUUCUAUGCAUACAAAGUGAUGAUGACCAAGAAAUGGAUGAAAUUUCAAAGAGAUUUUGAGAAUUUUAAGACAGCCUGCAUACCUUGGGAAAUGAAAAUUAAGGAGAUUGAAAGUCACUUUGGCUCAUCAGUAGCAUCUUAUUUCAUAUUUUUGCGCUGGAUGUAUGGAAUAAACAUGAUUCUCUUUGGACUGACCUUUGGACUUGUAAUGGUGCCUGAGGCUUUGAUGGGGAAGCCAUAUGGCUCUUUACCUAGAAAAACUGUCCCAAGAGCUGAAGAAGCAAGUGCUAUGAACUUUGCUACUCUCUGGGAUUUUAGUGGCUUUGCACAGUAUUCUGUACUCUUCUAUGGUUAUUACAAUAACCAGAGGACAAUUGGAUGGCUCAAGUUCAGGAUGCCUCUUUCGUAUUUCCUUGUUGGAGUUGGGACUAUUGGCUACAGCUUUAUGAUUGUCAUUCGAACCAUGGCAAGGAAUGCAAAUGAAGAAGGUGGUGGGGAUGAUACUAGUUUUAAUUUCAGCUGGAAAAUGUUCACAAGCUGGGACUACCUGAUUGGCAAUCCUGAGACAGCAGACAAUAAGUUUGCCUCCAUCACAACAAGCUUUAAGGAAGCUAUCGUGGAGGAGCAGGAGAGCCGAAAAGAGGAAAAUAUUCACUUGACUAGAUUCCUGAGGGUUCUUGCUAACUUCUUAGCCCUAUGCACGCUUGCUGGGAGUGGCUACCUCAUCUUUUUUGUUGUCAGAAGAUCCCAGAAAUUUGCCCUGGAAGGUCUGGAGAACUACGGGUGGUGGGAAAGAAAUGAAGUGAACAUGGUUAUGUCACUUUUAGGGAUGUUCUGUCCAACUUUAUUUGAUGUAAUCAGUUCUCUGGAAAACUACCACCCUCGGAUAGCUCUAAGAUGGCAGCUGGGACGAAUCUUUGCUCUUUUUCUUGGCAAUCUCUACACUUUCAUUAUCGCCCUAAUGGAUGAAAUCAAUCUCAAGUUGGAAGAAGAAAAGAUAGUCAAGUAUAACAUGUCAAUAUGGGAAGCCAGUCUGUACAAUGGCACUAUUCCAGAAAAUUCGACUGCUCCUCCAAUACAGGUGGAUCCUGCAGAUGUCCCCAGAGGGCCGUGCUGGGAAACAAUGGUAGGACAGGAAUUUGUGCGGCUGACAGUCUCUGACACGAUGACAACAUACAUCACAAUUCUAAUUGGCGAUUUCUUGAGAGCUGUCUUCGUUAGGUUUUUCAAUUACUGCUGGUGCUGGGACUUGGAGUAUGGAUUUCCAUCAUAUUCUGAGUUUGAUAUAAGUGGAAAUGUGCUGGGACUGAUCUUUAACCAAGGCAUGAUCUGGAUGGGAUCUUUUUAUGCUCCAUGUCUCCCAGCAAUCAACGUGUUCCGCCUCCACACUUCAAUGUACCUGCAGUGCUGGGCAGUCAUGUGCUGCAAUGUCCCCCAAGAGAGGGUCUUCAAGGCUUCCAGAUCCAAUAACUUCUACAUGGCCAUGCUGCUUUUCAUUCUCUUUCUCUCCACACUGCCUGCUGUGUAUACCAUUGUCUCCAUCCCACCAUCUUUUGACUGUGGUCCUUUCAGUGGGAAGACUAGAAUGUUUGAAGUCAUAUCAGAAACUCUGGAGCAUGACUUCCCUUCCUGGUUUGGGAAGGUAUUUGGUUAUGCUUCUAACCCUGGACUCAUCCUACCUUUUAUAUUGCUGAUGGUCCUGAGUAUUUAUUAUCUCAAUGCUACAUCCAAGUCCUACAAGGAAGCUAACUUGGAACUUAAAAAGAAGCUACAAACAAGCAGAAGAAAAUAA